GAGAAAUUGAUAUUAUUAUCUGAUGUCUUUUUCAGCAUGUAUGGACACAUAAGAUUUUAAAGAGAAGUAUUUUUGAAAGGGAAUCAGUGGAAUAUAAGAGCACAGAUGGUGGUGACAACAAACAGCUUACAUCAUGUGAAGCUCCAUCAUAUUUAUAUCUGAAAGUGAAUGCUCCAGUUAUUCUAACAGUGAAUUUGAGUGACAAACUUGUGAAUGGAAGCAGAGGAAAAGUUAAAGAACUGAAGAAAGAUUCUGUGAUGGUGUAUUUUGAUAACAUAGCUUCCACCAUUGAAAUUCAGAAACAUUUGUUCACUGUGUAUGAUAUUCAAGUAAAACGUGAUGUAGCAACACGGCUACAGAUACCGCUGAGGUUAGGAUAUGCGUUUACAGUGCACAAGGCUCAAGGGUUAACCCUUGACUGUGUAGAAGUUGACUGUAGAAAUAUGAACUUCCCAGGCCAACUGGGUGUUGCAAUAGGUCGUGCUACAAGGACGGAAGGACUCCGUGUUAUCAACUUUAAUAAAUGUUUUCUGAAAAAGCAACCAAAUAUUAUUGCAUCAUUUUAUGAAUCCCAAUCAGCUCCACUACUGCAGAGUAAGGAGUGCUGUGCACAACCUAUUCACACUGAAGAUGCCAAAAUAUUGGAAUAUGAUGUAUCAACUCUGUCACGGGUAACAGAAAAUUGGUCUGAAUCAGACAGCUUUGAUGAAGACUCUGAUGUGGAUGAUUCAUUACAAACCUUGCAAGUUGAAGAUUUACCUGCUGAAUUUCCAAUUCAGAAUUUGCCAGAGGAUAUUGAUCUAGACAGAAUUAUUAGAACUGACAUCUAUUCUUGUCCUCAAACUCAAAAUCAAGUGUUGUUAAAUGCAGAUCUCAAUUACCUCCUUACUCAUUUUGAGGAUACAAGUACCUUCGCAAAACAGAUAUGGAAAAGUUUCACUGAUGUAUUCAACAGUAGUAUUCCAGAUGACAAAUCUGUGGGAAACAAACACCUGACUAAAUAUCACAAAGAUGUGGUACAUUUUCUUUCCAAGGACACAUACAAAAAAAUGGUGGCAAAACUUUUCUCCAUAACAGAAGUUCAGGUAUCUAGCAGACAUUUUAGAGCAGCUUUCAGUUUAGUGGAAGAGUUGAGGAAAAGGGUCGUGAUGCAGGCAACAGAGACUUUUAUCAGGCAAAGUGAGCAAAAUGCAGCACAUGAUCAAGAAUCAAAACAGUUUAAGAGCUCUGAGGGUGGAAGGGCAAAAGUCAGAUAUAUUGCUGGAUGGUGUGUUGCUUCCCUUAAACAUAAUAAAAAGAAGCAAGUGAAAAGAAACUUAUAUAAAAAAAAUGCCAGAGGAACUGUAACUCUUGUAGACCAAGAGGUAAAAUGCUUAGAAGAGCUUGUGGUAACUCAGGAAGAGAUUUUUCAGAGUACAACGGAUGUAUCUUCUUUGAUGGAAGUGAAGAGAAAGCAAAAUGUCCGCCAAGGCCUGACAAAUGUGACAGAUUCCUGCUUUGAGUUCUUUCUUGAGCUUGACAAGCAAAUCAGGAAAAUGGAAACUAUUAAAAAUAUUCACAUAUACUCAAAACAACUUUACACAUUCAUUUUGAGUGAAAUAAAUGAAAGUCAACAUCUAAAAGAAAUGUGGAAGGCAUUAUUCAACAAUGCAGAGGGCAGGGAUGGGAUAGUUAUGAUUCUCUUUGAUCAGAUAGUGAACAAAUAUGUCAAAAUGUCUUCAAACCAGUUUAAAAAAGAAUGUAACAGAACAUUUGCAGUAGAAAAAGAACAGGCACACAGAAAGCAGAUUCUGAAGAAAAAGGAAAAGGCUGCAGCUUAUGGUGGACACUGGAAUAUGGAGAACAUUUAUAAUGACAAAAGUACAGACAAGAUUUCUUCUCACAGAUUCAUUCAGUGUCAGAUAGAAGCAAACAAUAAAUAUUUAAUCAACGGGCCUUUUCAGAAGAAACAUCUGCUUAUCUUAUGUGCAGCCUAUGGUAUUACCACAGCAAAAAAUAUUACAAAACAAGACUUAUCAGAUACGCUGAAGAGUGUAAUACUUUCAUCUGAUAAGAUGGUGAAUCCUGAUGCAUUCCAUUCUGAUGAAGAUAAACCAGGUCAAAGCAUAUCCUCAAAGUCAAAAGAAGCUGGAGUGUCAAGUGAAAAUAUAUCUAAUUCUAAACAUGCUCAAGAAGUAACGACUGACCAGGUUUCCACUCAGGAGAGUGCUAGUGGAUCAAAAAAUAAGAGAAUUCGACAAUCAACAAAAUCCAAAGGGAAGCGUUUGGUAAAGAAAAGCUAGAACUAUUCAUUGGCCAUGUGGAAUUUGUGAACAGGAGUGUUUUGAGGAGGCAGUAUGUUGUGAUAAUUGUGAUACAUGGCAUCAUUUUCAUUGUUUAUUUAUAGAUAAAGAUGAUGAGCAGUUAAAAUCAGAACAGUGGAUGUGUCCUAAUUGUAGAGAAAAUGAAUGUUAUGAUAUGAAAUGAAAUAUAUGUUACUGAUCCUUAUCUGAUGAAAAUACUAGACAUGAAUAUUUGGGGAGGGGGGUAGUCACUGUCAGUGUCAGUGUUCAUAUUUGAAGGCAGCAAUGUACACAGAAUUAUUUUCUCUCCAUGCAAUGUACUCUACAUUGAAAACAUAUAACUCCUGUUAGGAGAGUUAUUAUUUGAAUUUUUUUAAAAUCAAAUCAUUUAUUAAUUACCAAUUAAAAACUUUACUUUACUUUGGCUUCUUAUUCUUUGUCAUUGACUUAUAUUUAUAUGCUGGAAUGGUUUUAAUUUCACAUUGUACAUGAAUAUCAUUUUAAAAUUUUAUCAAUUUAUUUCAUUGGAAAUAACUUUGGAAAAAAUGAAAUAAAAUAAAUUUCCUACCCACCUACCCUAUUUUUUCAGACUGGUAGCAGGAAACAAGAUUUUUUGGGGGCCUUAGUGUACAUGAUAUAUGUAACAUGUUUUUCCCAAUAUUUAUUUCCCAGACAUCAUAACAUUAAAAAUGUUUAUAUACAUAAAUAUUACCAAAUAUACAAAAAAUACGUACCAUAAAACCACAGCUGUAUUCUUCAUGUUCAUGGCCAUUGCGAAUUUGAUUUUCCCUCCGUUUCAGUGCACUAAUUCGAGAGUUACUUUGAGUACGAGUUAUCUACAGAAAGCGACCAAUCAGAGCGCAGCUUUUAAAUUACUCCGGAAGAACAUAUGGAAAGAACUGUCGCCAGAUCCAAAUGUCGAAAAAAGAGGUUAGUUAUAUGACUAACGGUGUGCGUUGAUUAGAAUUUGACUGAAGAAUAUCAAAAUUGAAUCUAUAUUCCACUCACUCCUACUUGGUUGGCAGGGCAAGUUGCCCAGAAACUAGAUAACAAGUCCGAUAAAAAUUUGUGGUAGCGAAUUUCCUAUUUUUAGAUUCCUCCCUUGUGUAUUUUUAUAGUAGGGGUAACUUUAUUAAAAGAAGAUAAAUAUUUCGUGACAAGCCC